CUUUGUGUGGCACAGCAACGAAUGACCUGGACCCAGCACAAAUUCUUCACAAUGACUGAGGUUGCAAAAAUCCCCGUAAUCGACCUUGCUGGCGACAGAAACCAGACCCAAGUGGCCAAGGACCUGGUUGAAGCUGCCAUCGAACAUGGCUUUGUCUACAUCAAGAAUACUGGCAGGGACAUUCCCGUCGAGGCUAUAGAUAAGGCCUUUGAGAUGUGCAAACGACUUUUUGAUGCACCAGUUGACGAGAAGGAGGCGUGCAAAAUACAGCACAACAAUCGAGGCUGGUCUGCAAUGAAUUAUGAGACACUCGACCCGGCAAACCAGCGUGUUGGUGACUUCAAGGAAUCCUUUAACUUUGGCGACUUCGCGGACGGCAAGGCCCAACAACCCAUUCCCCCCACCAUCGUCGCCGACGAGCCGCAGAUCAGCGCCUUUCGCGACCUCUGCUACAACCUCUCCCUGAAGCUGAACACCCUACUAGGCAUCGGUCUUGAGGUCACGCCCCCGGACUUCUUCACCACAGCCCACCUCCGCUCGCGCGGCCCCUCCGGCACGAUUCUGCGCUUCCUGCGCUACCCGCCCCGCAGCGCCCUCGGCCAACCCACAACAUCCAACGACGUGCGCGCGGGCGCCCACUCCGACUACGGGUCCUUGACGCUGCUCUUCCGCCUGCGCGGCCAGCCGGGGCUGGAGAUCCUCCUGCGCGACGGCAAGACCUGGUCGCCCGUCCCCGUUGUCCCGCCGGGCACCGAGGACGACCCGGCGCCGCCCAUCCUGAUGAACAUUGGCGAUCUGCUGAGUUAUUGGACGAACGGGCUGUUGCGGAGUACCGUGCAUAGGGUCGUCUUCCCCUCUUCAGGAGCUGGAGCUGGAGCUGGAGCAGCUGGAGGCGGGUUGGUGGAAGGGGAGACGGACCUUGACGGUAUGCGGUACUCGAUUGCAUAUUUCUGUCAUCCGUUUGGCGGGGCUGAGUUGGGGUCUGUGCCGAGUGAGAGGGUGAAGGCGUAUAAGGGGGGUCUGGCGGAGGGGAAUCCGUAUGCUGAGAGGAAGGUGUUGACGGCGGACGAGCAUCUGAAGAUGAGGUUGAAGGCCAGCUAUGCGCAGUUGUACAAGGAGGAGUGAUGCUAUGCGAGGAUGGCAAGAGCCAGGCAUCCCUAAGAUCCUUGGGUGGAUUUUGCACGGAAAGCGAAUAGUUGCAGCGCUCUGUCGCACACCGGCAAUCGUCGCAAUGGCUUCCGCCACUGAUGCCCGGGGAGUUAAAGCAUGUUGACUCCCAUGGCGCGGGUUCGCAGGUAGCUGUGCGCAGUCGAAGUGACAAGUAGUAAUUUCCUUCCCCGAAUGCUCGCAAGCUCUAUUCCGAC